AAAAUAAAUGUCAACUGCAUGUAAACUGUCAAAAAGUCUCAAAAGAUAAAAUUCGUCAUUUUUUAGUUUUCACCUUAAAUUUUUUUAAAAAGAAAAAAUAUUUUAAAAAUAAGUGAAGAAGAAAGUGAAAUUUAAUUUAAUUCUUUUUAACAAAAUGAUGCUUUUUAUGCUUUUAUUUAGCCGACAAGGCAAAUUAAGAUUACAAAAAUGGUACGGUGCAUAUCCAGAUAAGACAAAGAAGAAGAUUACCCGAGAAUUGGUCACAACAAUUUUGGCCAGGAAGCCCAAAAUGUGCUCAUUCCUUGAAUGGAAAGAUUGUAAAAUUGUUUAUAAAAGAUAUGCAAGUUUAUAUUUUUGCUGUGCAAUUGAACAAAAUGACAAUGAAUUGCUGACCCUUGAGAUUAUCCAUCGAUAUGUGGAGUUGUUGGAUAAAUACUUUGGAAGUGUCUGUGAACUGGACAUAAUCUUUAAUUUCGAAAAAGCUUACUUCAUACUUGAUGAAUUAUUAAUCGGAGGUGAGAUGCAAGAGACAUCAAAGAAAAAUGUACUCAAAGCAAUUGCAUCACAGGAUCUACUUCAAGAGGAUGAAACACCUCAAGGAUUCUUUGAAGAUCAUGGUCUUGGUUAAUAGUAAUACAAUUAAUAGUUAUACAUUUCAUCCAAUCGAAUUUGUAUUUGAAGAGAUGCAUAUCAUUCCUUAAGUCAACAUUUCAGUAAAACGUCCAAAACAAAAAAACACAUUUCAUAAUUAAAUUUAAAACAAAAUAUUGCACAUAACUUCGUUCUAUAUAUAGUUUUGUGAGCCUUAAAAAGAAAACCUUUAAAUUUGAACAUUCAAUGCCUUUAAUUUUUUCUACAAUAUUAUAAUUAACACGUAUUUUUUAAGAAUGUAUUAUUUACAAAAGUUCACUUAUAAAAUAUACAAGAAAUAAUAAAAAUUUCGGUUUAAUGGUA